UGAACGCAAGUGUCAGAGCCAGCACAGCAUGAGAGAGACUGGAAACUCAGACUCACAAUCUACGGGAAGUUUUCUGCUGUGGCAUGGAGUAGAGGUGACAGAUGGAAAAUGACAGCAAGUCUUCUAAGAACAACCCUUGCUUUGCUCUUCCUUGGCCUCUUCGGGGUCCUGGAGACGACAAUAUCGUGCAGAAAUGAAGAAGGUGAUGCUGUGGAUUGGUUUACCUUUUAUAAGUUACCUAAAAGGCAAGACAAGGAAAGUAGGAAGACUGGGUUAGAGUACCUAUACCUAGACUCCACAACCAGAAGCUGGAGGAGGAGUAAGCAACUAAUGAAUGCCACCAAGAGUGUUUUGGGAAGGACCUUAGAACAGCUGUAUGAAGCAUAUGCCUCCAAGAAUAACAACACGGCCUAUCUAGUAUACAAUGAUGGAGUCCCUAAAUCUGUGAAUUACAGCAGAAAGUAUGGACACACCAAAGGUUUACUGCUGUGGGACAGGGUCCAGGGGUUCUGGUUGAUUCAUUCCAUCCCCCAGUUUCCACCAGUUCCUGAAGAAGGCUAUGACUAUCCACCCACCGGGAGGCGAAACGGACAAACAGGCAUCUGCGUGACUUUCAAGUACAACCAGUAUGACGCCAUAGGUUCUCAGCUCUUGAUCUGCAACCCAAACAUCUACAGCUGUUCCAUCCCGGCUACGUUUCGCCAGGAGCUUGUUCACAUGCCCCAGCUGUGCACCAGGGCCAGCUCCUCAGAGACCCCUGUCCGGCACCUUGCCACUCUUCAGUCAGCCCAGGGACAAUACUUCCUCCAUUUUGCAAAGUCUGAUUCUUUUCUUGACGAUAUCUUUGCAGCCUGGAUGGCUCAACGGUUGAAAACACACUUGCUUACUGAAACCUGGCAGCGAAGGAGGCAAGAGCUUCCUUCAAACUGCUCCCUUCCUUACCACGUCUACAACGUCAAAGCAAUUAAGAUAUCUGGACAAUCUUAUUUCAGUUCUUAUCAGGAUCAUGCCAAAUGGUGUGUUUCCCAAAAGGGCACCAAAAAUCACUGGACAUGUAUUGGAGAUCUAAAUCGAAGCCCACACCAAGCCUUUAGAAGUGGAGGAUUCAUUUGUACCCAGAAUCAGCAUAUUUACCAAGCAUUUCAAAGAUUAGUUUUGUAUUACGAGGACUGUAACUAAAUUGGACAUAUGUACUAUUAUUUCCAACAUUAACGAUGGGUCUUCUUCCAUUAGACUCAUUCUUUAUAUAUUAAAAGCCUGCAAAGGUACUUAUAAUCCACAUAUUGUCAAGUAGAACAUUUUUCUUCCAUGUU